AUGGCUUCACUGACUGUAGAUUAUUAUACAUCCACUUGCCCACCAGCUGAAAUUAUGGUGAAGAACAUAGUGUAUCAAGCAUUGAGAAGCGAUUCAACUGCCUCGGCAGGGCUAUUGAGGAUGCAUUUCCAUGAUUGCUUUGUUGAGGUGGGUGGUUGUGAUGGAUCAGUUCUUAUUGAUUCCACAGCGGAUAAUACGGCAGAGAAAGAUUCUCCUCCAAAUCAAAGCCUACAUGGGUUUGAGAUCAUCGAUCAAGCAAAGCAAGUGAUCGAAAGAAUCUGCCCAGGAGUUGUCAGUUGUGCUGAUAUCCUCACUAUGGCAGCCAGAGAUGCAGUUGCUUGGGCUGGGGGUCCAUCAUAUGAUGUACCAAAAGGAAGAAAAGAUGGAAGGAGAUCUAAAAUUGAAGAUACAAGCAGUCUUCCUCCACCCUCUCUCAAUAGUACAAAACUCAUUGAGCUCUUUGGUCAGAGUGGUUUUACUGCGCAGGAAGUGGUUACCUUAGCUGGUGCUCACACCUUAGGCGUCGCUCAAUGCAAGUUCUUCAAAAACCGCCUCAGAGGCUUCGACUCCACCAAUGACGUCGACCCCACCCUAAAUCCAAACUUCGCAAACAUGUUAUCAAGCGUUUGCAGCUCCGGCGACAGCACGAAUGUAUCAUUGGACUGGACUAGUGAUUCAUUUGACAAUCGCUACUUCAUUGCAUUGCAAAUGGGAGGAGGAGUGCUUACUUCUGAUCAAACAUUGUUCACUAGUCCAGAAACAAAAGAGGUAGUUAGUACUUAUGCAAUGAGUCAGGAUAAGUUCUUCUUUGAUUUCUCUCAGGUGAUAGUGAAGCUUGGGAUGCUCAACGUUAAAGAGGGGGAUGAAGGAGAAGUCAGAUUGGAUUGUCGUAAAAUUAAUUAACUGGAUGUAUGGAGGAGAUAGAGGAGAAUAUGAAUGUAAAAUUAUCAGGCUGGGAUAAGAAGCAUUCGAGUUUAGAGAUAUGUUUGUUGCGCAUUGAGUGUGCAUGUAGUUAACUUGAUCUAAAUCAAAUAA